GGCGAAGGGCCCAACCGCAAUACUUUUUUUUCACUGUUCGACCAUAAUGGAUAUUCCGACUAGAAAUGGCACUCACGAGGAGCAAGACGACGAGGUUGACGUUCGUCUCUACUCCGUCUCUCCUCCGAGCGCUGCCGCCAGAUCCGCCGCUCGCUUGAGCGUAUCCGGCGAGCGACCUCAACAGCCUGCUGAGUGGACUCCGUCCUCAUGGCAGUCAAAGCCGAUCAAGCAUGACGUGAAGUACAGCGACUACAAGCAGGUGGAGAAGUCCUUGCGCAAGCUCGAGUGGCUCCCGCCGCUCGUAACUCCCGCUGAGAUCUCGAAACUCAGGAAGAAGCUUCAUGACGUUGCUUUAGGCAAGGCCUUCCUCUUACAAGGAGGUGACUGCGCCGAGCUCUUCGACUACUGCAACGCCUCCGUAAUCGAGAACAAGCUCAAGGUGCUCCUCCAAAUGUCCCUCGUCCUAACCUGGGGCAGCCGUACUCCCAUCGUCAGGGUUGCCCGUAUGGCAGGACAAUUCGCCAAACCCAGAAGUAGUCCUAUGGAGGUCAUCAACGGGAAAGAAGUCGCCAGCUUCAAGGGUGACAUCGUCAACGACUUCGACCCCGAGCACCGUGAACCCGAUCCGGACCGCUUGGUCCAAGCCUACUUCCACUCCGCUGGGACCCUGAACUAUGUGAGGGCACUUCUCUCCUCCGGAUUCGCCGACCUCCAUAACCCCAUGUCAUGGUCCCUAACCCACGUCCGCGACGAACACAUCCGUCAAGAUUUUCAAAAGAUGGUUGACCGUCUCCGUGACAGCCUCGAGUUCCUCCACACCGUCGGCGCGGCAGAAUCCUCCAAUUUAAACACCGUCGACCUCUUCAUGAGCCACGAAGCUCUCCUUCUCGAAUACGAACAAAGCAUGACCCGGAAACUCGUUGGUCCGGAUGGUAAGGAAGGUUGGUGGGAUACCUCUGCACACAUGGUCUGGAUUGGUGACAGAACUCGUGCCAUCGAUGGCGCACACGUCGAGUUCUUCCGUGGUCUCGAGAAUCCUAUCGGUAUCAAAGUGGGCCCUAGCAUGAAGAAUGAGGAGCUUGUGCGGUUGUUGAAUGUCGUCAACCCAAACAAAGAGCCCGGGAAGGUUACGCUCAUCGCGAGGUACGGGUAUGACAAGAUCGAGGGUCUCUUACCCGGCCACAUCAAGGCUGUGAGAGAAUCUGGUCAUAGGCCCGUGUGGAGUUGUGAUCCUUGUCACGGAAACACCGUCACUACGUCUUCCGGAGUCAAGACUAGAAAGGUGUCAUCUAUCGUCCGUGAGAUUGCUUUGUCCUUCAAGAUUCACAAGUCUUUGGGUUCGACGCUGAACGGAAUCCAUCUUGAGUUGACGGGUGAUGCCGUCACGGAGUGUCUAGGAGGAGGAAUGGAGAUGACCGACGAAGACCUCGGCACGAACUACGCAACCUACUGCGACCCAAGGCUGAAUUACGAACAAUCACUGGACGUAGCCUACUUGCUGGCUCGCUACAUGCGUGGAGAGGGUGGAGACGCCAUGUUCGAGGAGCUGAUGCAGAGGUUGCAGUAGCAUAAUGUUCUUGAAGCUCUCUCUCGAAUAUAAAUCCGAGCCCCACAUCUGUCACACGUAGAAAUUAUGUAGAACGCCCUGAGAAAACAACACAAAGCCCU